AUGGCAUCUUUGAUUGAAUCAUUAAAUUACACCUCAGAACAACUCAAUCGAUAUUUAGCACCUAUUAUUUUUAUCGUUGGCGUAGUGGGAAAUAUUCUAAAUUGUUUAGUUUUAUCAGAACGAACACUUCGAUCAAAUCCAUGUGCAUUACUUUUCCUUGCUUCAUCAUUUAUUGAUCUUAUUUCAAUUCUAAUUGGUCUACCUACUCGAAUUUUGGCUGGUUGGAACCUUGAUCCAACUACUACAAUCUAUUGGAUUUGUAAAACUCGUGCUUUUAUUGUAUUUAGUACGAGAACAAUGGCAAUCUGGUUGAUUACAUUAGCUACAAUUGAUCGAUGGUUAAUAUCAUCUAUUGAUAUUCAUCGUCGACAAAUGAGUAAUUUGAAAAAUGUUAAACGAGAAAUAUUUAUCAUUGUAACUCUCUCGAUUCUUACUUAUACAUAUAUGCUUUAUUGUUAUGAAGCUAACAUUGCUGAUGCACCACUGAAGUGCUAUGGAAAAAGCCACACUUGUCGUCUAAUUACUGAUUUGACAUAUUUAUUUAUAACUAUAGUAAUUCCAUUGAUUUUAAUGAUAUUAUUUGGUUUACUAACUAUUUCACAUGUACAUCAUUCUCAUAGUCGCAUACAAAAUGAGGCUCUCGGAUCGGUUAAUAUUCCAUCGACAAUAAAAGAAUUACAUGUUAAAAAAGUUGAUCAUCAUUUGUUUCGUAUGCUUAUUAUACAAGUACUUCUGUUAACUAUCUUAUGUAUUCCACAGACAAUUGAAAAAUUUCUCAUUACAUUCAAAUCGUUCGGUUCUGAAUCUGCAUUAGAAGAUGCUAUCAAAGUAUUUCUAUAUAAUAUUGAAAUACUUCUGGCUUUUAUUGCAAGUAGUAUGUCAUUUUAUAUUUAUACAUUAGCUGGUGGAAGUAUUUUUCGAAAAGCUUUUCUUGGUUUAAUACGAACAGUCAAACAAAAGAUCACACGCCAAUUUCAUUAA